AGGAAAAUUGCAACAUACAGCAAAGUCGCAUAUUUGGGUCAGCGCUGUGAUACAAUUUUGUUUUGUAUUUUUUAAAAAGCCCACAUAAAGGUCUUACGGUCGUGUGAGCAGAUGAUGACAGACUGAUGCAAGUCUUUUGUUGUAGUAGCCCAUUUCUGUGAAGAGAUUACGGAUGGGUGUAGGGGGCGCGCGAUGCUGAGAUCAUGUUGCUGAGGAACACAUGGAGAAUGAAUAACGUAAACAAACGCAUCGAUCUUUUCGUUAAAAGCGACCGAGUUUGAGGGACCAGAUAUAGCAAAAUCAUAGUAAAUGUGAGUCGUCUUACUGGGACAUAUAAGCUAAUAAUGGGAAUAAGUAUCAAAGAUGUUCUGAAUGAAAUGUGGAUCUGUGGAUCUUUCAGUAACAAUGCCGGAGAACUUGAGCGGGGCACACGUUGAUCGACCUGCACCUAGAUCAUCCACCUUCAACUUCUCUGCCUUGUUUGCUUUGCCAAACCACCUUCACAUGGAUGGGAGCAGUCAUCCAUUCAGGAGGACUCUGUACCGGCUGAAGUUAGUGAGUUCUCCGAAUUUGACUCAACUGGGGAAAAACGAAAAGGCUUCUUUAGAGGAAAGAGGAUCCGGACCAAAUGCCACAUGGAACAGCAUUCACAACGCAGUUAUUGCUGUAUUCCAAAAGAAAGGGUUGGCAGACAAUGAACUCUAUACGCUCAAUGAGGGUGUUAGGCAACUAUUAAAAACAGAGCUUGGUUCAUUUUUCACAGAAUACCUUCAGAAUCAGCUGUUGACUAAAGGAAUGGUCAUUUUACGUGACAAAAUACGAUUUUAUGAAGGUCAAAAGCUAUUGGAUUCAUUGGCUGAGACCUGGGACUUUUUCUUCUGUGAUGUUCUCACUAUGCUUCAAGCCAUCUUUCACCCUGUCCAGGGUAAGGAGCCAUCCGUACGUCAGCUUGCACUGCUGCACUUUCGCAACGUCAUCACCCUUAACAUGAAGCUGGAAGAGGCUCUUUCCAGACCACGAGCUCGCAUUCCCCCUUCCAUCAUCCAGAUGCUUCUGGUGUUGCAGGGGGUUCAUGAAUCCAAGGGUGUGAGCGAGGAGUAUCUGAAGCUGGAGUCUAUCCUUCAGAAGCUUGUGUCACCGUAUCUAGGCACACAGGGAUUGUGUUCACAUGAGUGCGGCCCAUCACAGUGCUCCUGUGUAACUGAGAGGCGUUCGCAGUAUUGCUGGUCCAAGGCUGCAGACCUGCCUUCCAGUAACCCAGUAGUACGCUCCAAAAGUUACAACAUCCCAAUGCUGACCCCCGUAGCUGAGUAUGACUCUGAGGUGAGCUCCGUGGGUAGCGUAGGCAUCCGUCGUCACUCUGCUUGUGAUGUCACUUCCUGCUUGGAGCACCAGGGCUAUUCUGCCCUGUCUGUCGGAAUGGAGACGAGCUCAACCCCCAGGCUCUCGCUUGAUCAUGACCUCGCUUUGAACGGUGUGAUGCGAGGGGCCAUGGGACAGUCCACUAUCGUUUCUCCUUCCGUCUUCAUCCACACCUCUGCGGGUUGCCCACAUUCAGCAGACCACCAGAUGGCUUCAUCUGAGGCGGACAAGACCCUUUCGUCACCCCCUAGCUGCUCUUCCAGUCCGGAGACGAUUGUAUUGCAGGGUUUGGAUUCGCUGGAAUCCGAUCCUGAUGGGAUCUUCAUUGACUUUUCUCAUUGCCGCUCUGAUUCUUUCGGAACCAGCAGGAAAACUAGCUGAUUUAUCAUCGCUGUGUAAUGAAUUGCACACAAAACUUUGUUUGAUGAUAAUGGGCUACCAUUAUCUUCUCUGUGAAGUAACUGCGUAUCUUAUGUAUUUUUAAAACUGGAAUUUCAUUUGAAAAGCCAAGGCACCUUUGUGGAAAAAUGGAAAAUUAUUCGAUUUAAUGCUAUUAGGAUUGUUUUCAUAAUGUUUUAAACCUGUGGAUGUAUUUCUGAAUUUUCUACAUAGUUUUGCAUACACGAUAGCGACACUAGGAAUGAAAAGUCUCCAUUUUGUUUAACACACAUUUUUACUGUUUAAGACAUUAGGGGGCAGUUUCCCGGACAGGACUUAAAUCUAGUCCAAGCCUUUUUGAACUGAAAACAGCUUGCACUCACAUAUCUUAAAAUAUAUCAGUGCCAUUGUUUUUUAAGAUGCACAGCAGUAAUGUUUUUGUAAGAUAUGUUUUUAAAAACUACUUUAAUUUUCUAAUAUAACUAAAGCCUAGUCCUGGCUUAAAGGGACACUCCACUUUUUUUGAAAAUAUGCUCAUUUUUCAGCUCCUAAAGUUAAACAUUUAAUUCUUACCAUUUUGGAAUCGAUUCAGCCAAUCUCUGGGUCUUGCGGUACCACUUUUAGUAUAGCUUAGCAUAAUCCAUUGAAUCUGAUUAGACCAUUAGCAUAGUGCUUAAAAAAUAACCAAGGAGUUUUUAUAUUUUUCCUAUUUAAAACUUGACUCUUCUGUAGUUACAUCGUGUACUAAGACCGACCGAAAAUUAAAAGUUGUGAUUUUCUAGGCAGAUAUGGCUAGG